UACCCAUGCUCCAUUCACCCCUACAGUCACCAUGGCCACAACUGAAAUCACCACUCCCACAAACACUUCUAUCUCUGCUACCUCGAGCACAGCCACUUCACCCACUCUCUCUGCCCCAGAAACAGCCAUGACUGUUACUAGAAUGUUGGUAACACCCACCCCCACAAUAUCACACAGUACAUCUUGUGUUUCUCCUACACUUUCUUUCCCUACUCUGAGUACAUCUACAGACGCGCUAACUACUUCUUUCGGUACUACUAUUUCCUUUUCAAUACCCACAACAACAAUGUCCUCUUCUCUAUCCUCCGCCAGUGUAAAUUCAAUGCUCAUGACCACCCCUGACUCUCUUCCUACAUUCUCACCUCUCUCUGGUAUGGAAAAUACAGGGACUUCUGUCACUGCUUUCACUACUCUUUUUUCAUCCGAAACUACAAGAACUUCUCCAACCAUGUCUUCUCUAAAGACCUUUGCGACUGAAACAACCACCACUUAUUUUAUUUCUUCUACUACCCCAUGUCCAGAAUCUAUAUCAGUUACGAUGGUGCCUGCCUCUCCCACUACUUCAUGUAUGGAAAUGGGUCCAAGUAGUGAAGUUACUUCGAUGCCUAACAUCCCAAUGUCAGUGUUCGCCUCUACUACUGAGAUGGCUACCUCCCCUAGUUCCACCAGUAUGACAACUGUGUUUCCUAGGCAUACGGACACUUCUGCUUCCGUUCUGGAAACUCAUCCUACCAACAGCAUAAUGGAUGCUCCUAGUUCUAUCAGCACUGGGACUGUCCCCAGUUACACGGUUUUGAUAAGCACUCAAAGACCCACCAGUGGAAGCUGGAUGAGCACCAAUUCUGUAACCGUCCCAUAUAUGCCUGCCUUCAUGAGCCUCCCACUGACCAUGAAACCAAGCAGCAGGUUUCCAACUGCCAUGGUGACUUCAAUCAAGUUGACUCACUCCACCCCACCCACCAUCAAGAUUCCAGAAGCACUGGUAGUCAUCUCUCAGACUACCACCACCUUUAUGUCACCCAGGGCAACUUCAACCACUACUCAGAUGACCACACAGUCUAGACUGAAUACACCUCAGGUUGGACCUACUGCUUCCCUGUUCCGUCUUCUCUCUCCCCUAAUAAAUUUCUGUGUCACCAAGGGCAAACCCUAUCCUGAACUUCCCUUUCUUACUGUGUUGCCCAGGCACCUGUGACCAUGGUGGCGCCUGGAUGCUAGGUCUAUGCCACUGCCCUUUGGGGUUCUCUGGGGACCGCUGUGAGCUCCAGGAGAUCAGGUGCCAGAAGGGAGGUACAUGGGAUGGCCUCAAGUGCCACUUCCCUAGCAUCUUCCAUGGCUACUGUUGGAGUUUGUGGUGGAAGAGGUGGAUCUGGGGGAGUUGUCAGAGCCCUGCCUUUUGCACUUUCUCCUGGGAGGUGCCACUGGCUCUCUCUGGGCCCAGCCCUGCAGUCGCCUGUUAGUAUUCAUGCCAUUUUGCCUAAUUCUGCCAUCCUUGCCUUCUCUCUCGUGCUUCCCUCUACCUCACCUCAUGCCUCUUUUUCACCCUCACCUCCAGGAGGUGGUUGGGACACACUCCUUCCUGUGGUCUCCUCCCAGUCUGGGCUGCUCGGAGCUGUAUUAACUUCUAAUUGCCACUGUAACAAAUUAUUACAAACUUAGCGGCUGAGAUAAUGCAAAUGUAUUAUCUUACAAUUCUGUAGAGUAGGAGUCUAACGUGAGUCUUACUGGGCUAACAUCAAGGUGUCGGCAGGGCUGUGUUCUUCUCUGAAGGCUUUAGGGGAGAAUCCAUUUCUUUGCCCUUUUCAGGUUCUGAAGCCUCUCACAUUCCUGGUCUCAAGGCUCCCUCUCUCCAUCUUCAAAGCCAGCAACAUUUCAUCUCUGUGUCUUUCUUUUUUU